AUGGGAUCUUCCAGCAUUAAUUUUGAGUCAUUUGAUGUUGCAGUGGAAGAUUGGCCAAGUUACGUAGAACGACUUGAGUCUUACUUCUUAGUGAAUGAGAUUGAAGAGACUAAGAAGGUACCAGCCAUUUUGAGUUUAAUGGGAGCUACUACUUACAAAUUAUUGAAGAAUUUGGCUACGCCAAAAAUUCCUUCUGAUCUGGAGUAUGAUGACAUUGUAACAUUAUUAACUGAACAUUUGAAUCCAAAACCGUUGGAGAUGACGGAACGCUUCAGAUUUUACAAGCGUAAUCAAUUAGAAGGUGAGAAUAUUACUACAUAUUGCGCUGAAUUACAAAAAUUGUCGAUGAACUGCAAUUUUGGCGACAAUUUAAGUACAAUGCUAAGAGAUAAAUUAGUCAUGGGUUUAAGGAAUGAAAACAUCCAGAAGAAGUUGUUGGCGCAAGAUAAUUUGACUUACGCCAAGGCGAAAGAAAUUGCUUUCGCUAUGGAAUCGGCACAACGUGAUGUGCAUGAAAUUCAAAAUAAAAUGGUAUCUAUUAAUAAACUGUAUAGUUCGGAAGAUAAAGUUGCUAAAACUGUUUCGAAUAAAUUUAAAAAGCCAGAAUUUCAAAAGAAAGCAGCAAAAACAUCUUGCAAAUGUUAUAGGUGUGACAGUACGCUUCAUUUAGCCCAUGAAUGUAAACACAAAGACACGGAAUGCAGAAAUUGCCAAAAGAAAGGACAUUUGGCGAAGGUCUGUCGUUCAAAAAGAAAUAAAACUGAAACUGUGAAACAAAUUGAAUCGUGUUCUGACAGUGCCCCUGUUCUUAAUGUAAAAUCUGCUACGCAAGCAAGAGAUAAAAUAUAUUUGGAAGUUUUUAUUGAAGACCAAAAGUGCGACAUUGAAUUAGAUACUGGAGCCGCAGUCACAUGCAUGAAUGUAACUGACUUUAAGAAACUGUGUCCAUUGGUAGUGAUUAAACCGACGAAUAUGAUACUCCGUAAUUUUGACAACUCUGUGAUCAUACCCGCUGGAGAAGCACAUGUCAAAGUUCGGUAUAAGAAUCAAAGUAGCAACAAGAAGAUUUAUUUAGUGAAUGAAAAAGUGAGUGCAGUAUUUGGAAGAGAAUGGUUAAGAAGUUUCUCUCUUGACUGGAAAGAAAUUAAGACUGUUUAUGCUUACAAAUCCGACUCCCGUAGCAAUAAACUAGUAGAAUUGUUACAAAAACAUGAGAAAAUAUUUACUACAGGGAUAGGGAAAUUGGAAAACUUUAGCUGUCGUCUACAAAUGAAACCUGGUGUCAAGCCAGUAUUUUUCAAGCCUCGACCAGUACCAUUUGCUUUAAAGGAACGAAUCGAAGCAGAACUCGUUAGAUUAGUAUCAGAAGAUAUCAUUGAACCAGUUAAAUAUAGUGAUUGGGCAACACCAAUAGUACCUGUUGUAAAGCAAAAUGGUAAAUUGCGAAUUUGUGGAGACUAUAAAGUUACAAUAAAUCCUGGACUUAAUAUUGAGCAAUAUCCCUUACCUAGAAUCGAGGACAUUUUUGCGAAUUUGGCUGGCGGAGAGACUUUUACUAAAAUAGAUUUAACCGAGGCAUAUUUACAAAUGAUGGUUGAUGAAAAGGAUCGUCAUUUACUUACUAUAAAUACACAUAAAGGUUUAUUCAGAUACAAACGAAUGAACUAUGGAAUCGCCUUAGCCCCUGCUGUUUGGCAACGUAGUAUUGAACAAGUGUUAUCCGGAAUCCCAGGAGUACAUGUAUUUCUGGAUGAUAUCACCGUAACGGGCCGUAACGAUCAAGAACAUCUAAGCAGAUUAGAACAAGUAUUAGAAAGACUUUCUGAACAUGGACUUAAAGUUAACAAGAGUAAAAGUGAAUUUUUCAAAGAUUCCGUAAACUUUUGUGGUCACAAAAUCGACAAAUUUGGACUGCACAAAACUCAAGAAAAAACUGAAGCAAUUUUGAAAGCGCCUGUUCCGGAGAACGUUUCCGAGUUGAAGAGUUUUCUAGGGUUAGUGAAUUAUUAUGGAAAAUUCAUACCAAAUUUAUCCACUUGUGUAGCGCCACUAAAUAAGCUACUUAAGAAAGGAACGACAUUUUGCUGGACCACAGAAUGUCAGAAUACUUUUCUGAAGCUAAAAAAAGAAAUAUCAUCAGAAAGAGUAUUAUGCCAUUACAAUCCGAAGCUACCCAUUGUACUGCAAACAGACGCAUCACCAGUGGGAAUUGGAGCUGUGUUGAGCCAUAUUACUGAAGACGGUUCGGAGAAGCCGAUUAUGUUUGCUUCGAGAUCCCUGACAGCAACAGAGCGCAAUUAUUCUCAAAUUGACAAGGAGGCCCUAAGUAUUGUUUGGGCAGUAAAGAAAUAUUACCAGUACCUGUUUGGACGCCAUUUUCACUUAGUCACUGAUCACAAACCCCUAGUAUCAAUUUUUGCUCCAAAUAAAAGUUUACCAUGUCUUUCUGCUACAAGAAUGGUUCACUAUGCACUGUUUUUACAAGCUUUCAGUUAUACUAUUAGGUACCGAAACACUAAGGAUCACGGAAACGCAGAUGCUCUGUCAAGAUUGCCAUUGUCAACCGGGAAGGUAGAGCAUAUUACAGAUGCAGAUGCAGCUAACAUUUUACAAGUUGAAGUGCUUCCAAUUACGGCAAGUGAAAUUGCUAAAGCGACCAAAGUUGACAGCAAACUGUUUGAACUUUAUGAAAGUUUACGAACUGGAACUGAGCUGCCUUUACCCUGGAAAGGUAAAGAAUCCGAAUUUUCUUUGCAACAAGGAUGCAUUAUGUAUGGUCAUCGAGUUUGCAUUCCCCAGAAGUACCAUAAAGCUGUCUUGGAGGAGCUCCAUGUAGGACACCCUGGAAUUGUUAAAAUGAAAGCCCUCGCAAGAAGUUACUGCUAUUGGCAGGGUAUAGAUUCGAGCAUAACUAGUUUUGUCCAAAAUUGUGCUGCUUGCGUGUCAACUAGAAAUGACCCAUCAAGAAUCAAGCGACAUCCGUGGGAAUGGCCGAAUGGUCCAUGGCAAAGGAUUCAUGUCGACUUUGCUGGUCCAUUUAUGGGGAAAAUGUUUCUAGUGGUUGUUGAUGCAUUUUCUAAAUGGGUGGAGGUAAUGCCAAUGAAGAAUAUUACAUCGAACUUAACAAUUGAAUACUUAAGAGUUCUAUUUGCCCAUUAUGGACUUCCAUUGACGGUUGUGAGCGAUAAUGGUCGAAGUUUUACAAGUUACGAAUUUCGUCAAUUCCUGAAAAUGAAUGGCAUUAAGCAUAGACCUUCUGCUCCUUAUCAUCCUGCUACGAAUGGGCAAGCAGAAAAGUUAGUUCAAGGUUUUAAAGCAUCAUUGAAAUCUAGUCAAAGCGAUCCUGGAGAUAUUAAUGUGAAACUCCAAAGAUAUUUGAUGCAGUAUCGAAUAACCCCACACUCAUUAACAGGUGAAACUCCAAGUUUUCUGUUUUUGAAACGAUGUAUUCGUACCAGGCUCGAUAUUUUGAAACCGAAUGUAAGAGAACAUGUGAUGCAAAAGCAAAGCUCUCACUGCUUGACUGAAGAAAUUACACGUGAGUUUCUCGAAGGGGAAAAAGUAGCCGUGAGGAAUUAUGCAGGACUGCCUAAAUGGAAGAUAGGUACUGUGAUCAACCGUGAUGGAUCUUUGAAUUAUAGCGUACAAGUCGGAAAUGAAAUAUGGAAACGACAUGUUGACCAGCUAAGGAAGUGUGGACAAUCCUUGGAAACAACUGGAUCAACACUUGAAAAUUGUGUUCCUACAAUUUCAGAAAGUACUGAGGAACCAGAGGCAAUAUCUGAUUCAAGUGGGGUAGAAAAGCCUGAUCUUUCUAUUCCUGCAUCAGAAGCCUCAUCAACCCCGAUACCUGUGCCUACACCUGAGCCGAGCCUAGAAGUUCCUUCCCCGACUACUGUGCCAUUACGACGCUCGACCAGAAUUAGAAAAGCACCUAAGAGAUUUGGGUUGUAA